UUAUAAACCUCUUGCUGUUGUCAGCAAACAGCAUCGGUGUACCACUAUCACAGCUUUAACUCCAGACGUUCAGUCUUUAGAACAGUCUUAGUUUUCAUUGUGUUGUGCAGUGCAGAUCCUCUUUCAACUGGUCUCGGCUACGUGUAAUAGGUCUAACUAGUUGCUAACACUAGUUCGUUGGAUACCUGUAUUCGCUCGACGGUGCUCACCGGAAAUCCCCAUCGGGAGAACGUUUCACAAUGCGGUCUGCCCUGUGGCUGUCGUUGGCUGCACUGCUUGUGUUCCAAGCGUUGGUGCCGGCAAGAGCUGAUGAUUUCCUGUUCAGUGAUCAAGGUGAGAAUGAAGAUCAGGCGAAAUCACGUGAGCGGCGAGGAACGUCCAGCCUCUUAGAAAAACUUCUUGGUUACCUGAAGCUGGGAAACCUGUUUCCACGUCCGGAUGUAGACCAUGAAGGAUGUCCUCCGGCAAGCUCCGUGUUUGGUCAGUGCAACAACUCCUGGACGGACGUGACCCAGGAGGAAAUUGAUGCCGAGGCGGAUGCCCUGAUAGAACGCCGUGCCCAGAAUCCCACCGAAUUUGUCGACGCUCUCCAGCAACCCUUGCGUGAGCACAUCGAACCGAAUGCGCAGUUCCAGAUGGAUCUAGCCAUUGACCCUGAGUGGAGUGCAGUAUAUACGCCAAUUAUCCAAUCUGCAAGGCAACUAGCUGGGCUUUAUAACCAGCUCAAUCCACCCACAGGUGAACUGGUCACAGAGUUUGAUACGUACGCAAACGUCACCAAUUUCUUCCGUGAGACCUACUCCAACUCACCACCGAUCCCGGCAGAGUACCGCCCGUGGACGUUCCAUCCAGCCACAGACCCCAACAUUACUGUUGAUGCACGUUGGAACGACGACCGAGUUUUCGCUGCUUCUCGCUUGGCCGGAUACAACCCAGGCAGCAUAUAUCGUAUUGGAUCCCGGGGUCUUCCUCUCUCCAAAGUUCGGCAGUUUCGAAACACAGACUUUGAUUGGGACAGCGCUGUUCAGGCAGCAUCAGGGUAUACUUAUCGACAAGCAGUGCUGAGGGGCCGACUAUACGCCCAGUAUCACCCUAUCCUCCAGAACAUCACCAUUUUCAGAGGUGCUUUUGCCGGAGAGAAAUUCCUGACCCCAUUCGCAGUGUUUGUCCUGCCCCGUGGCAAGCAAGACCUUCGACCUGUUGCAAUUCAGCUGGGAUUGUCACGUACUUCUCCAGUGCACUCCCCUGAAUCAUCAUUUUUCUGGUGGACCUACUCAAAGAUCGUGGCCAAUAAUGCCAAUUCCCUUGAGAAUAACAUCGAGAAACACUUGCAUAAUUCACAUUUCACGGGAGGGCGAUUUGCUGUGGUCACCCAGGCCGAGGUGGCUCCCAACCAUCCUCUUCGAAUUCUGCUGGAUCCUCAUUUUAGAGGUGUUCACCAGACCAACUCCAUUGGCGAAGUUUCUCUGUUCUCACGUGGUUCAGUCCUGGACUUUGGCACCUUGCUGACGUUUGACGGAACGGCAGAGUACCUUGCCCAGUCCUACCAGCAAUGGAACUACCGCGAGAUGAACCUGCAUCGUGAAGUUGCCUACCGCGGUUGUCGUAACCUGCCGUACUACCCCUACUAUCACGACGGCUUGCAGGUCUACAGGUUGCUGCAGCGAUACGUGCGCAGCUACGUGAGACUCUACUACUGCUGUGAUCGGCAAGUACGCAAUGAUGAAACCCUGCAGCGAUGGGUGGCUGUGCUCGCCAACGAUAUUUACCAGGGAAGAGCUGGUCUUCCCAGUCGUAUUGACAGCGUCUCGGAGCUCAGCGACCUUCUGACUAACAUCUUGUGGCUAUUCUCUGGCUACCAUGAUGCGUACAACUUCCCCAACGCCGAACUGAUUUAUUCUCCUGCCGCUGGCUUGAUUGUUGCGCUGCGGCCCGAGGAGAUCAAUGCGACUCUUGCCGCAGCCACCACAGAGGACAACCUGGGAUAUUUCACCUCUAUUCUCGGAACGCUCACACCUACACUGGCAACUCAAAGCACUUCAAUAUCUCUGACGGGGAUGAAGUUCCAAGACCUUUUGGGCAACAGUCCAGCUGCGGCCACAGUGGAUGAGCGCACAGAGACCCUUCACGAGUUCAUCCAAGGUCGACUUGACACCCUGGAGGAACGUCUGACCGAAGAGAACAGAAUGAGACUGGCACGUGGCCAGCUUCCAUACAGGCACAUGCUGCCCAGUCAGUUGACCGGCAGUAUCUCCGUUUAGACCUGUUUCUUGCCAGUUGAAGCAAGUAAGCACUCGCCAUUCGUACAUGGCUGCUAAUGCCACACAAUCAGAAUCUACUGACUCUGCCUUCAAUGCCAUUCAUGGUACAUGUAUAUGUGGUAAAUGUGGUGUACCUGAUGCCCGUAGUCCUAAUCCCAAGGAUCACAGUGACUUAGGAUGUACGAGCUUUUCUCCAGUCCACCUCUCUCUCUCUCUCUCUCUCUCUCUCUCUCUCUCUCUCUCUCUCUCUCUCUCUCUCUCUCUCUCUCUCUCUCUCUCUCUCUCUCUCCCUUCCUUCUCUCCCUUCCUUCUCUCCUUUGUUUCUUCUCUGUCUCUGUCUCACUCUUUCUUCAGCCUUGUGUUUGUCACUCCAAUCCGUUUUAGAUGUUUUACCUUAACUUUUUUCUUCAGACCUUUCCCGUUUGGGUCUUUCCCUCAAACCAGUGAAUAAGGUGACUCUUUUUGCAUUUACUGAUUUAGAUCUACCUGUACAUGUACUAUAACUUAUAGUAUAAGCACACACAGUAAACACUUUAGCUGUCUACAAUUGAGUAAACAUGCAUACCUUUAGCUGUACCUGUGAAUAUUCAGGAUGAUAUUUCCCGCAGCUAUAACAUGUCAUCCUGCCUACUUGUAUGCUUCAAUCAUCAGCAUUCUUUUUAGCAUCGGAAGUUCUUCUAGGCAUUCCUCUAGUAUUGACCUUAAUGCACUGUAAGAAAAUGUGACAGAAAGAUAACUUCUAAUAACGGUGCAUUUCAGUUCA